GGCGGAGCGCGUCCCGCAGCCGGCUGGUCCCCGUCGCGGCCCGGGUGCUCGCCCCGGCCCGCCCGCGCGGUGCGAGCUCGCCAUGGCGGCCACUGACCUGGAACGCUUCUCGAAUGCAGAGCCAGAGCCUCGGACCCUGUCCCUUGGGGGCCAUGUGGGCUUCGACAGCCUCCCGGACCAGCUGGUCAGCAAGUCGGUCACGCAGGGCUUCAGCUUUAACAUCCUCUGUGUGGGGGAGACUGGCAUUGGCAAGUCCACACUGAUGAACACGCUCUUCAACACGACCUUCGAGACCGAGGAAGCCAGUCACCAUGAGGAGUGUGUGCGCCUGCGGCCUCAGACCUAUGACCUCCAAGAGAGCAAUGUGCACCUCAAGCUGACCAUUGUGGAUGCUGUGGGCUUCGGGGAUCAGAUCAAUAAGGACGAGAGUUACAGGCCCAUAGUCGACUACAUCGAUGCGCAGUUUGAAAACUACCUGCAGGAGGAACUGAAGAUCCGCCGCUCCCUCUUUGACUACCACGACACGAGGAUCCACGUUUGCCUCUACUUUAUCACACCCACGGGGCACUCCCUCAAGUCCCUGGAUCUGGUGACCAUGAAGAAGCUAGACAGCAAGGUGAACAUCAUUCCCAUCAUUGCCAAGGCUGACACCAUCUCCAAGAGCGAGCUCCACAAGUUCAAGAUCAAGAUCAUGGGGGAGCUGGUCAGCAAUGGGGUUCAGAUCUACCAGUUUCCCACUGAUGACGAGGCUGUUGCCGAGAUUAACGCAGUCAUGAAUGCACAUUUGCCCUUCGCUGUGGUGGGCAGCACUGAGGAGGUGAAGGUGGGGAACAAGCUGGUCCGGGCACGGCAGUACCCUUGGGGCGUGGUGCAGGUGGAGAACGAGAACCACUGCGACUUCGUGAAGCUGCGGGAGAUGCUGAUCCGGGUGAACAUGGAGGACCUCCGAGAGCAGACCCACAGCCGGCACUACGAGCUCUACCGGCGCUGCAAGCUGGAGGAGAUGGGCUUCCAGGACAGCGACGGCGACAGCCAGCCCUUCAGCUUGCAGGAGACCUACGAGGCCAAGCGCAAGGAGUUCCUGAGCGAGCUGCAGAGGAAGGAGGAAGAGAUGAGGCAGAUGUUUGUCAACAAAGUGAAAGAGACAGAGCUGGAGCUGAAGGAGAAGGAGAGGGAGCUCCACGAGAAGUUUGAGCACCUCAAGCGGGUCCACCAGGAGGAGAAGCGCAAGGUGGAGGAGAAGCGCCAGGAGCUGGAGGAGGAGGCCAACGCCUUCAGCCGCAGGAAGGCCGCGGUGGAGGCCCUGCAGUCCCAGGCCUUGCAUGCCACCUCCCAGCAGCCUCUGAGGAAGGACAAGGACAAGAAGAAAUCUUGACCCUCAGCCUGGGAUGCCACAAACUGAAGCGAAUUCUCUGCUUUGCUCGUCACAAAUGCCAAACUGACUGCCCUUUCCCAGCGUCCAACUUGCUGUCUUUUGUUUCUGUUUGAUUUGGUCGUCUGCGUAUCUUUUAAUGUGUCUGUUUUUGUUUUGUUUGUUUUAUUUUUAUUUUUCAGUUAACGCACGCACAGACUUACAUGUCAAGAGCGGACUUUAGACUUUCAUGUGUUAAGUUGCUUGAGUUACACCUUGUGACCCUUCUUCUCCCAUAACAUGGUGUGAGGACGGACUGGGAGCCGGUACAGACUCCAGUGUUUACAGCCUUGCUUUGUCCCCUGCCCCCACCCCCAGGCUGCCCUGGGCCUGGCGGGCCACCCCCCUCUAUGCAAACACGUCAAAGCCAUGAAUGCUGGAAUCCAAAACUGACAAGGUUUAUUUUUUUCAGAGCCAGUGGCUGGUCUUCCAUUUACAGUGUCACUAUUCCUUGACGGAGCAGUUAUGUGCCACUCUCGCGAAGGCCCCAGCCGGCGAUGCUUGGCCUAAUUGUUCAGCGUCAAGAUGGCAACUCAUGCGGUGCCCUAGGUGCGGCCGCGUGGUCUGGUAUACAUGCUGCAAAAUUCACCCGAUUCCCUUUCAUUUUAAUUUUUCUAACCUAGAGCUUAAUUCCAAUAAUAACUUUUAGGAGACUCCUAAAUUUUUAUUUUGGCACAAGUGUGAAGACAGAUAAUACCCUCUCCCGUUAUUUUCAUAAGUAACCCAGGUUCCCUGAUUUUUAAGAACUAAAAAUAUCUCUAAACCUUUCUUAUGUAUCAAGCAUCCCUAUAAUAAUUAGGGAGAGGUGGGCAAUAAACAUCCUGUGAGGACAGUGUUCGGAAUUUCUUUACGGAUGAAAGUGGGUCAUGAACAAGGACCACGUCCAGUGUUUUUAAUGCAAAUGUAAAUGGAAAGUAGCCCAAAGCCGUUGUCUGUGGGCUCCAGAGGUGCUGCCUACAAACAGGGACCAACUCCAUGUGUGUGUUAAGCGUCUGACUCCAACUAAGACCCCCAAACCAAGCCUGGCAUAUUCCCAAUCCAGAGGACUCAGCCGGGAAAAGGUUUUUUUUUUUUUUUAUCUCAAGGUCACUGUUUUCUGUUUUCCUGGCUGAGUCACGAGGAAAAGAGAUGAAGGUGUCUGAUGCGUGUGGACAAUUUCAGAAAACGCUACCAGCGAGGGAGCCUUCCCCUCUCCACUGCGUUCUUCAGGGGAUCAUUUUAAGAAAGUACUAGCGGCAUUGAUUCUUCUCCAUUCCUGUGGGUUUGCGAGCCAGUGGGAGUGUCAGGGCAGGGGAUAUGGCGUGAUAAAAUAGGAUAUGAAAAAUGAGUAGCUCAAAGGAAGGAGCUCAUUUAAUGUUGAUGGGGCACUGUGCUGGGCACAGCCUCCCCGGAAUAACACGCAGCCCUACCCCCAAGGAGCUCACGGUCUAGAGCACUCCCUCAUCAGAAGCCUUGGGAAGCUGCACUAAUUUAUUGUUGCAUUGGUCGUUUGUUUUUCCUUGUCCUCCAACCUCCUUCCCAUCACUGUUUCCCCCUUUCUGCCUUGGCCCCUUGGCUUUGCUGAUUUUCAGGACCAAGUCCUGGCUUCAUGCUGUGCUUCCAAGAUGGGGCUCCAUUCAGAGUGGGGAGGAUGCCCAGAGUGGAACUCUGCCAAGUGUCCUGCCGUGACCAGGGGUGGACCCAGAUUGUGAGGGGCUUCGGUGUGGGCAUUCAAAAGGCAAAUGGGCAUAUACCUAAGGCCCACGUGGGCCUCAAGUGACUUGGCUUUAGGGGGAUUAUAUGUCUGAGAGUGUCUUCAGUUGUGCUGAAGUGUGACCUUUAAGAUAGCCUCCGUGAGCUAACAUAUUUCUGAAGAUGAGGCACAGCGACCCCGCAGAUUCACUGGUUAUUUAAGAAAUGGAGACUCCUGGUUCAUGGGCCAAUCUGGGGACGCUGCCGUGGAUAUAUUCUGCCACCCAUCCACCACAGCCUGUGGGCUGCACCCCAGGCAUCCUGGAACACCAGAAUUGUGGCUGGUUACCUGCCUGUGGGUGCAAGGCUUCCCAGCAUCUCUGGGGAGAGCCGUCGCUGUUAAAUUUUCUGGGGUCUGAGCUGCUUCCACAGGCCCCGUUGGCUUUAGUGAGCCUCACUGCACUUCUCUGUCUGUGCUGCUUGUAUUUGGAAGUUUAUCAUCUUUAGCUGAGACCAAACUAGUCCUGGGUGCACGAGGAGAGCUUAAACCGGGCCAUUAUUUAACAAGCUCCCGCGCCCGGGACCUGAGCCCUAUCUGCGGUAUCUGAUGUGCCACUCCUUUGCAGAAUCAUCUUUGGGCACUAUCAGGGCUGUCAGUGGGGUUACGCUGGCAUUUCUAUCAUGUCUUUCAUAAGCCAAGUUGAUUUUGGGUAGAAUCAUGUAAUUUAUUGUCCAAACUGAGACUCUUCAGAGUAAAAGGAGGCCCUGUUAGUAAUUAUGCCAGAUCAACAGGUGUAAGCUGGAAUGAUCUCAGGCAGACCGGGACGUACGGUCACCCUGGUGAUGGGUAACCCGAGUCUAGGUGGUUUGGAACUGUGCAGACUGACUGAAUAUAUGUUUCUGUGUGUCUCUGUGUGGGUGCUUGUCAAGUGGGGCUCGUAUUACUGGAUAAGAGGCCCGAGGGAAGUGUGGCUUGCUCCUCUGUUAUGUUAACAAGCUUUUCUAAAACUGCUUCACUUGUGAAUUCAUUUAUUCCUUCAUACAUUGACUGUUUUUGUUCUUUUCCAUUCACUUUGUACUCUUUUUUUUUUCCCAUUAAAUUUUGCAUUUAUUUUGA